AUGCUUUGCUACUUGAGUACAAUUACUAGACUCAAUCAAAGGCUAACAAACACUAAAAGUGUCCCGCCGGAUAUGCUACUGGAAAAACCCGAGAACGUCAAGCACGAGAAUUCGUCCGGCACCGUGUGCGCCAUUUAUGGCGUGGACGCGCAUCCAACGCUUCAAAUUUUUGCAACGGCUGGUGGAGACAAUACAGUCAAAGUAUGGUCGUUAAAAACACCUUCAAAUGGAGGCAUUUCUACCUUUGAGCUGCUGGCUACGCUAGCGAACCAUCAACAAGCCGUAAAUUGCGUGCGUUGGGCGGGCCACGGUCGCUACUUGGCUUCGGGCUCAGACGACCAGCUUGUUCUUUUAUAUGAGCUACAAUCCGGCGCUUCAGCCGCUGUUCCUUUCGGAUCAAACGCUAAACCCAACAAGCAGAAUUGGGUGCGCUGCUCCACGCUCGAACGGCACACGAUGGAUGUAGCUGAUAUAGCAUGGUCACCCGACGAUCGGAUGCUAGCGACCUGCAGUAUUGACAACACCGUAUUAAUUUGGGAUGUGGGUGCAGUAAGUGAGGUGAUGACGCAGCCGCUGCAAACUCUUACAGGACACAAUAGCUGGGUUAAGGGUGUUGCAUGGGAUCCAGUUGGCAAGUAUUUAUCGAGUGCUGGUGAGGAUAAGACCGUGCGAUUAUGGAAAGUUGCCAACUGGCAGCAGGCUGACGUGGUGACAGAACCUUUCGAGGGAUGUGCCUCCACGUCGCACUUUCGUCGGCUUUCGUGGUCUCCUGAUGGCUCUGUUCUUUGUGCUACACAUGCUUUCAGCUCUAAGAAAAAUAUCGCAUCACUACUUAAUCGUGGAACCUGGACAAAUGACCUUAAGUUUGUCGGACAUCAAAGUGUUGUGACCAGCGCUCGAUUUAAUCCCAAAUUACUUGUUUCAAAGAUAGACCCUGAUAAGGAAUUUGCGUGUUGUGCAGUGGGUGGUGAAGACGCGACUGUUAGCAUCUGGCUGGCACAUUUAGCUCGACCACUAGCAGUGAUCAAGGAUUGUUUCGACUCGUCAGUUACAGACCUUGCAUGGUCAAGCUCUCAGUCACUUCUUCUCGCAUGCUCACUCGAUGGAUCCAUCUGCUGCUUUCAGUUUACAGAUGAUGAGAUUGGUACUCCAAUUUCCGAUACGCAGCAGAGCAAGCUUCUCCAGGCAAAAUACGGAUCGCGAGCCGGUAUUACGCUUGCAUCGACAUUGGUGGAGAAUCCAAUUCAACUACAGUUAGAAGAAAAGUCUGCGUUCUCUACAAAUUUGGCUGGUGGUCUCAGUGAUGGUACAAGUGUGACUCCGAUUUACUCGAACAUAACAAAUACCCUCAUUCCAAAGAAGAAAAAGAAAAUUAGAACAGAGCCAUUAAUCACAAAGCGUACGGACAAUGGUUCAGCGACAAAUGCAAGUGAUAUCAAACGGAUUAUGCCAGAGCUUGUUCAAGUUGGGGGAAAUAUUCCAGUCACCAAUUCAGCUUCAUCACAAAAUAACAUUCGCAACAUCUUGGGUCCGACAAUUAUGUCCCCAAAAUCGUCGGAUGAUAGUUCAUUGUGUACACGUAUGCGGAUACCGGUGACCAAUGAACUGGAAGAAAUGGAGGUAAGUGCAUCUCUUGAGACGAGCUUUGUGCCACUUGAGACGACCAAAUUUGGUGAAAAAUCGGCCACAUUGGCGUCAAAUGAUACGCAACAUAAGACAUCAAACGCCGAAGUAGAGAUUCAGGGAGUUAAUGGUGGUUUUCUUAAGAGAAAGCGAGAUAGUGAGCGUGCACCAGUUUACAUUCCAAGCGUUGCAAAAACAAGAGAAGUUGCUACUCGACCACCAAAAGUUCUCAAUGAAAUAGGCGGCAUGACAAAGGGAAAUCAGCUGCUACCGAGUUUUCAAGUACGACUGCAAUUUUCUGUGGAAAUAAAUACAAGCACAGAUGUUGCCAACAAAAGCUCGAAUGAAACCAAUGGAAGCGGAUCUUCGAAAGCAAUUAUUGAAGUUACCGUUCACAAUGUGAAGAAUUCACAAGAAAAAUAUAUAGAAUUAGGCCCGGUUUAUUCAACCGUCAAGUGCUCUGAAGGCAGCGAAAUUAAGUGGAUAGACCGCAUUUUUGAGCGAGUCGUGUGCGUUGUGGGAAAUGCAAGCUACUGUGUGCUAGGUUUAAGCAAUGGCGACAUACUUGCUCUUAGCAGCAGUGGGCGGCGGCUAUUUCCGUGUAUUGCCUUGGGCAGUUCCAUAUCAGUGAUGGAGUGCAGUGUGGGCAUGUCGGCAUAUUUGCUGGUAAUUUUGGUCACUGGUGAUCUCAAAAUCUGGAAUCUUGCCAAGCGCAAGCUCGUACUUUCAAGCUCGAUUGAACCAAUUGCAAAUAAUUUGCCAGAAGACCAUCGAAAGCUGACGCUACUUCGCUGUCGGGUGACAAAUAGAGGAAUACCGUUGAUUACAUUUGCAGAGUCUAACUCUGAAGUGAAAAGCAGUUCUAGCUUAAUUUCAUACACAUUCGAUACUGAAAUGUCAUCAUGGAUGCGAGUUGCGGACGAUAGCUUUGUGUUUUCAGAUUUUGCAUCUGCUUUACACACCGAUGCCGUCACACUGAAAACUAUUCCCAUCGGACCACUGCGGCGGUUGCAAAACGCGUCUGGCUACGGUCGAAUGCAGAGAGGAGUUGUUUCAGCAGUUUUGUCGGGGAUGUCAGAUCCGCUAAUGCAACGUAAUGUGACGCGCUCACAUUUGGAGCACCAAGUCGCUGUUGCUGUCGUCCUUAAAAGUGCAACAGAGUAUCGAUACUGGAUUCAGGCGUAUGCAAGAUUUCUCACGCAUGACGAAGAUGUCAAUAGGUUGGACGAUCUUUGCGCUGAAAUGAUGGGCCCAUUCUCCGCCUCGUCUUCAUCAUUAUUGACUCAGACAAAUGGAAAGGAAAAAUACUCAGGUAUGAAUAGCACGUGGGAUCCAAUGGUUCUGGACCUUUUUAAACGGGACGUAUUGAAGUCACAGAUUUUGCCAACAAUUGCGGCAAAUCGGGCGAUGCAGCGCGUGGUGACCAAGUACCAGCUCAUGCUUAGUGAGAUCGAAGGUCGAGAGAAAGCAGAAGAAGGCGGGGAUGAUGCUUUUUAG